GCAGACAAGGAUCCAGAGGUUUCACUAGAAAAUGUGUUAGAUUCUCCUGACCUCGGGGUUGGAAGGGGAAGAAAAUGGAGAUAGCUAAGAUGGGGAGCUGUGCAUACCCAGCCCUACAAAGGGGCUGAAUAAUUCUGGAUAUGAGUCAGUCACACCAUUCUCUUGAGCUAGCUGGAGGAUUGGCUUAUGUUUCUCUUGGAGGCUGCUGAGGAGUCUCUCACCUUCUGGAGCUGCUUGUCUCAGGCUGUCUACUCUGGCCCAGCCCAGUUGGUGGGGAUAAAAGUCUCGUGCUGGAGCCCCAGGGCAGGAACUCACUCACCUCAUCUGACUGUCCAUCUGUCUGAAGCUACUGAGACCAUCUGUCCUGACCAUGUCCUGUGUGCCAUUUGGUGCCCGUGGGGGCUUCAGUGCCCGAUCUGCUUGCUCUGCCAGGAUGGGGAACUGGGGUAGAGGUGUCAUCCCGGGAGCAAAGACAGCUGGUCGCUUCAGCAGCAAAAGCUUUUGUUCCAUGGGAGAGGCCAGAAGCAUCUCUGGCUGGGGAAAGAGAAGCUGGGGGUCAGGGGGCAGAUUUGGGGGGAAGUUUGGGCAGGGUGGGGUGGGGGCUGGCCUUUGUCCACCAGGAGGCAUCCAAGAGGUCACCAUCAAUCAGAAUCUCCUGAGUCCUCUCAAGAUUGAGAUUGACCCCCAGUUCCAAACUGUGCGGACUCAGGAAACCCAGCAGAUCAGAGCCCUCAACAACCAGUUUGCCUCCUUCAUUGACAAGGUUCGGUUUCUGGAACAGCAGAACAAAGUGCUGGAGACCAAGUGGCAGCUUUUGCAGGACCAGAAGGAGGGGAUGGGAGGCCGUCUCCAAGACCUGGAGCCCGUCUUUGAGGACUAUAUAGCCAGGCUAAGAAGGCAACUAGAGAAACUCCUGGGGGAACAUGGGGCACUGGCCUUGGAACUGAAGACUUGUCAGGAGCAGGAGGAGGAUUAUAAAACCAAGUAUGAACAGGAGACCAACAAACAUGCCACAGCUGAAAAUGACCUUGUGGUUUUCAAGAAGGACGUAGAUAACGAAUACAUGAGCAAGGUGGAACUACAAGGCCGGGUGGAUACUCUUCAAGAAACGAUCAACUUUUUGAAACGUCUAUACGAGGAAGACAGCAAUCACUUCCGGACUGAUGUCAAUGACACCUCAGUGGUUGUUUCCAUGGACAAUAACCGAUAUCUGGACCUGGGCAGCAUCAUUUCAGAUGUCCGAGCCCAGUAUGAGAUUAUUACUCAGAAGAGCAAAGCAGAGGCUGAAGCCAUGUACCAGACUAAGUAUCAGGAACUUCGAAUGUCUGCCGAGAAACAUGGAGACAGCAUGAGAGACACCAAGAUCCAAAUUACUGAGCUGACCCGAGCAAUUCAGAAACUUCAAAAUCAGAUUGAGAAUGUCAAGAAGCAGAAUGCCGCAAUCCAGUCGGCCAUCACUGAUGCAGAACAUCGUGGAGAACAGGCCAUCAAAGAUGCCCAGGUCAAGGUGGUGGACUUAGAGGGUGCCCUUAAGAAAGCUAAGCAAGAUAUGGCAAGCCUGCUUCGAGACUACCAGGAGCUGAUAAGCACCAAGCUGGCCCUGGAUGUGGAAAUAGCCACCUACAGGAGACUACUGGAGGGCGAGGAGCGCAGGAUGUCUGGAGAAUAUAUCGACGAUGUCAGCAUCUCAAUGGUUGGUGGAGGUACCACAGGCUCUGGAGGAUGUGGGAACUCAGAGUUCGGCUGCUCCAGUGUUGUGGUUGGAGGCUCCCACUUUGUCAAAGGCCCUGGUUCUGGCUCCAUCUCUGCCUCUGAUUCUGGCUUCUCCAAAUCCAGUUCAGGUUCUGUCACUGGCACCAUCUUGAAGAAGACAACCAUGUCAACUUUGAAGACUAUCACAUACUGAGUGACAGGAUGGAUGCCCAAAGGCAAACCGUGUAAUGGCCCAGACAGGGUUCCACAAUCCAGAGCUUUCCUCCUCAACCAACUUGGUCCCUUUCAUGUUCCCUCCAAUACACGUAGACCCAGACAUUGAUUAAUGCCUUUUCUUUCUCACAAACAAUAGAAGCUCACAUUUUCAUAGUUUCACUUUCCUCACAAUGUCUCUAUGAGUCAUGUAGUGCAAAUAUUGUUAAACCUACUUUAAUGAUGAGGAAAAGGAUGAUCAGAGAUUUUACUGAUUUAUGUAUGGUCACAUAACUACUAAAAGCCAGAACUAGGACUGGAACUGUGCUCUUCUGAGUGGCUGCCUAACGGAGUGGAAAGAGCACUGUAUUUGGAGGAUUUGAGUUCAAAUCCUGGCUCUGCCACUUACUAGAUGUAUGA